UGACAUCCAAACAAAGAGGAUGGAAACCUUCAUGUGUGCUCUUGUUUUCAUUUUUUUAAAUCGUGUUUGUGGCUCAGGCAAUUUGACCAAUACUACUUCUUCAGUCUCUGAUUCACUCUCUACAUUUUCAUCAUCAGCAUUAUCUCAGACUUCAUUUUCAACCACUACAGCAGCUGCAGUCACUACAUCUUUACCUACAAGUACAAUGCCAACAGCAACAAACAUUAGUACUGUUUCAUUAGAAAACACAAGCACACUUAUUAGAAUCACAACAAAUAUCAUAUCAUCUUCAUUGUCAUUAACAAAUACCUCUGCUAUGUCAUCAAACUCAACAAGUGCUAUAACAUCUACUGAAAUUAGCCUGACUUCACCAAGUACUACAACUGCUCCUACAACAUCACAAUACAACAAUCCACCUUUACUGAACACAACAUUCUCUGCCAGUUUCUCAGCCUCUCCAAGUACAUUCCCAACAACUGAUUCAAAUAAUUCCUUUCCAUCCCCUUUUACAACAGACACUUUAAAAACUUCAACAAAUGCUACUUUAUUACCUUCAUCAUCAUCAUCCACAAAUACUUCUUGGACAACUUCUUCAAACAUGACCUUAUUCUCAUCAGACACAACACUAUCACCCUCAACAAACUCUGUAGUAAGUACAGAAGCUAUUAUUUCACCAACAACACCAGCUAGUCUUUUGACGAAUGCAACAGCAACAUCCAAAGUAAUGUCUUCACCAAAUAUAGCAUUCACUGAAGCUUCAUCAUCCUCUGCAAACAUAGUUUCUGAAAAUUCUACUAAUUAUUCGGUUUCAUCCUCAGAUAGCACUAUUAUGACAGGCACACCAAUCCCUACUAUAUCUUCAUUAAGCACAAACACUCCUAUAGCAGUUACUCCAAACUCUGCUACAUCAUCAGGCUCAGCAGUACUAUCCACAGCAAGUGCUUUAACAUUUGCUGAAAUGACCACAACUUCACCAAAUACUACAACUACUCUUACAUUAACUGAGACAUCACAGUACAACAGUUCAGCACCUGCUUUUACAUUAACUACAACAUCACAGAACAGUUCAGCACCUGCUUUUACAUUAACUACGACAUCACAGAACAGUUCAGCACCUGCUUUUACAUUAACUACGACAUCACAGAACAGUUCAGCACCUGCUUUUACAUUAACUACGACAUCACAGAACAGUUCAGCACCUGCUUUUACAUUAACUACGACAUCACAGAACAACAGUUCAGCACCUGCUUUUACAUUAACUACGACAUCACAGAACAGUUCAGCACCUGCUUUUACAUUAACUACGACAUCACAGAACAACAGUUCAGCACCUGCUUUUACAUUAACUACGACAUCACAGAACAGUUCAGAACCUGCUUUUACAUUAACUACGACAUCACAGAACAACAGUUCAGCACCUGCUUUUACAUUAACUACGACAUCACAGAACAGUUCAGCACCUGCUUUUACAUUAACUACGACAUCACAGAACAACAGUUCAGAACCUGCUUUUACAUUAACUACGACAUCACAGAACAGUUCAGCACCUGCUUUUACAUUAACUGUGACAUCACAGUACAGCAGUUCAGCUUUACUGAACACAACAUUCUCUACAGGUUCCUCAGGCUCUGCAAGUACAGUUCCAAUAAAUGAUUCAAAUAAUUCCUUUCCAUCCCCUUUUACAACAAACACUUCUAUAGCAGUUACUCUAAAUUCUGCUACAUCAUCAGGCUCAGCAGUACUAUCCACAGCAAGUGCUUUAACAUCUGCUGAAACUAGCCCUACUACAAAUACUACUGCAAAUGCUCUUUCAACAACUGCAGCAUUACAAUAUACCAGUACACCUUUACCAAAUGCAGCUUUCAAUACCAGUUCCUACUCCUUUACAAAUACAGUUCCGACAAAUAUAUCAAACAGUUUCUUUUCAUCCUCAUUCAAUACAGGUGUUUUCACAAGUGUAACAAGUGCUACUUUAUUACCAUCAUCAACAACCACAGAUACUCCUGGAACAGCUUCAAACAUGUCCUUAUUUUCAUCAGAUACAACAUUACAAUCAUCUUCAUCAGUAAUAAAUGGGUCUUUAGCAAUGUCAGCUGCUACUAGUCCUUCAUUAACUUCUCCAGGUAGUGUUGCAGCACCAGUAUCCAUAAACACCACUUUUGCAACUGUUGACAAUACUGCCUUUUCUCCAUUAAGUGCUUUUUCAGUAACACCUGCAAGUACUAUUUCUGAAACUGCAACUGUAAUAGCUACAAACACCAGUGUCUUUCCCUCAUCAUCUGCAAAUGCAACUUCAAGUUCCCAUCCUGCUACUGCAGCAAAUACUACUCUUUUGUCAUCAUCCACAAAGGGAACAUUUUUUACUGCUUUACCAAAUACAACAGCUGCUAUUCCAGUACUGCCAUCUUCCAGUAUGACUACUUAUACUUCCUCAGCAGCUAUUCUCAUUUCUUCAGCUCAACCAGGACCAUAUAUUGUUCAGAAUUUAAGUGCUGUCGUCCUUAAUGCUACUGCUGUGUUCCUUUACUGGGAUGCACCUAUUGGAAAUGCCAGUCGCUAUAAUGUUGUUCAGAGUGAUGGUGGUAAAUCAAGUUCUCAGUUUGUGCAGGAGCGUUUUCUAACAAUUAAUGGCCUGCUACCUCUUAGCACUCACACAAUACUGGUCAGUGCUAUAGCAAAAGACGGGACACAAGGAGACCCUGUGCCAAUCACUGUGACUACAAGUGGAGUGAGUCUUCAUUAUGAGAUAUCAGUUGUCAGUUUCGCUGCAUUGGAUGAGCAAGCAAGAAGCAUGAUAUUGGUGAUGAUCACCAAUAAUCUUCAAAAACUAUCUUCAUGGAAUCAGUUUACGAUAUCCUUAACAUGAUGAAGAAUCUGGUACUCUAAGUGUUCAGUUAUUCAUAAUGUCUGAAGACAAGCUACACCUCUAGGGGAAAAUAAACUGUUUUCAUCCAA